GGAAGAGGCGCGACUUCUGACUCGCUAUGUCCGCUAACAGUAUGUCGGACCCACGGAGGCCUAACAAAGUGCUGAGUUUGAUUCAGAGGUCCCCAGCAUCUGUGCAAGACUAAAUGUCCCGUGGAGCCUUCCUUAGCUGUUGAGAUGUGUACCCAAGGCUCAGUGCCUUCUAGUUUCGCAGCAGUGUCCAUGGUCAGGAGCAGUUGGUACAAACCCCCGCCCAGUGAGUGUAACCCAGCCUUGGAUGACCCAACACCAGACUACAUGAACCUGCUUGGCAUGAUCUUCAGCAUGUGUGGCCUCAUGCUCAAGCUGAAGUGGUGCGCUUGGGUUGCCGUCUACUGUUCCUUCAUCAGCUUUGCCAACUCCCGGAGCUCUGAGGACACUAAACAGAUGAUGAGUAGCUUCAUGCUGUCCAUCUCUGCUGUGGUGAUGUCGUAUCUGCAGAACCCUCAGCCCAUGACGCCCCCCUGGUGAUGUCAGCCUAGAGGGGUCCCAUCCUGGACCCCUCUGUCCACCUUGCCCUAGGCCUGGGCCUUGGCUACUCAGUCUCUGGCCCUCAACUGCAGUCCUGGGCUUCUCUGGGUGAGGUAGUCUCAGGGCCAGCAGGUGGAUGGAGGGAACUUGGCUCUGUCCCUGGGAUCCCACUUCUGCUGAGGCAGCGAGGGGAAUUGCAUAGGCCAACCCACUCCUGCCUGCCUUCCCCACCCUGCCUGCUGCUGGGGGAGGUGCUGUCCAUGUUUCCAAUCAUUUUCAUGUUGAAACCAGUUAAUAAAGUUUUGCAUUCUGGAUGUUC